CCGGUAAGAGACAACGUAGAUCCUCCGCAUCAAAACUCUUCUGCUCAUGCUCUCAUCGGCGUCACGCGUCUUACGGCGUGAGCUCGCACGCGCCCAUUCUACCGCCGCGCCCCCGAUAGACCCAGCAUCCCAUUGUAGACAGCUGGUGAAAAAACACGACUAUGAAUCCUUCAUGGUCAGCAAAUUCUGGCCUGCUUCGUUGCAGGACGGCUAUUUCGCGCUCAAAGCUUUCUCGACCGAGCUCGCUAUGGUACAGGAUAAUGUCAGCGCGGCGACGCUUGGUGCGAUGAGGAUGCAGUUCUGGCGCGAUGCGGUACGCGACAUAUACGCGGACAGACCGCCCCGGCAUCCCAUUGCCCUAUCAUUGCAUAAAACGGCCAAGGCGGCUAACGUACCUGCGUACUACUUGAAACGAAUCAUCGAUGCUCGGGACGAGGAGCUGAAAACCAGCUCAUACCCGACGACAGACGCCCUGGUGACGCAUGCAGAGGGCGUUUCGUCCAAUCUCCUCUACGCGCUCCUGGCUCUGCGGGGGCUUGGCGCCUCCGAGUCGCUGGCGCACGCCGCCUCGCACCUCGGAGUGGCACAGACACUCGCAACGCUACUCCGGGGCCUUCCGUUCCAUGCCGCCCACCGGCGGCUUCCCCUUCCGCUCGAUAUCUGUGCCCGCCACAACGUCCAGCAGGAGGAUGUCUUCCGACACGGAGGCACCGCCGGCGGGAUCGACGCGGCCGUAUACGACGUCGCGGUCCUGGCGAACGACCACCUGCUCACCGCGCGGGAUAUGUUCAAAGACGCGCCGGGUGGCAAGAUCCCGGAGGCUGCUAUGCCUGUGUUUUUGGCCGGGGUGCCCGUUGCCAACUUCCUGGCGCAACUGGAGAAGGAGAACUUUGACGCGUUUAAGCCAGCGCUCGGGGUCCGGGAUUGGAAACUGGGGUGGAGGAUAUGGAUAGGGUACUACAGGAAGAUGUUCUAA